CAAUAAAUGUUUAUUCAUGUUGCAUUAAAUUAAUAAAUUCUAUUAAAUCUAAACAAUGGGCAGUCUAAACACGUUGGCUCUAAUGAAUAGUUUCACAUUUUGUGAAAUACACUUCCUCACUGAGAGUACACUAAACAUCAAGCUGGUUAGCUUAGCUUAGCAUAAAGACAAAGCUCCUCUAAAGAUCACAGAUGAACAAGUUGACAUAUGUGAAGGUUUAAUCUGCACAAAAACUGAAUAAAAUUUUCCUCUUGUUAACAUUAAAGAACAAAAGUUCAGACAGUUGUGUGUGUGUGUGUGCAUGUUUGUGCGUGAGGGUGUAUUUGUGUGUGUAUGUAUGUGUGUUUGUGUGUGAGUGUAUGUGUGUAUUUAUGUGUGUGCAUGUGUGAGUGUGUGUGUGUGUGUCAUGUAAAUGAACAGCGGUGUCACCAGCAGUGACUUCCUAAUAAUCAGACUUCCUCCGUCUCGCUGUGAAGAAGGAAGUCAAAUAUUUGUUCCCAUCAGAGAUUCACACAGACAGGCGAGUACUUCAGACCAUUUAGAACCAUGAGAGACCUCGGAGCGUCCUCACAAUCCAACCUGACCAACGGCAGCUCGUCUCACUGCGACCAGGUGGACUCAUCGGCCCACGUCUUCUUCCUGCUGGUCUACACGCUGGUGUUUCUGGUGGGUUUGCUCCUCAACGGUUUCACCCUGAAGGUUUACUUCUGCCGCGCUCAGCAGGCGUCCAGCAGCGUGACGGUCUACCUGAAGAACCUGGCGGCCGCCGACUUCCUGAUCAGCCUCUGUCUGCCGAUCCGGAUCACCAACUACGCAAGCGACUCCGUCUCCGUCCGCCGGGUCUACUGCAGCUUCGGCGCCUCCGCCUUCUACCUGAACAUGUACGCCAGCAUCCUGUUCAUGGGCUACAUCGCAGCCAACAGGUGAUAUGUUCCGCUAAAUAUGAAUCUACAGCCAGCAGCUUGUUAGCUUAGCUUAGCAUAGAAAGAAGACACACUUCAUCUCCUGUAAAUGUGCACGUGAGACCUUUUUUAAAAUCAUCAUUUGCAUGCAGUGCGUGAGCAGAGCGGUGAAAACCCCUUUUCAUUAUCUCACCGUCAUGACUUCAGCUUCAUGUCUCACUGUCACCGUUAUCUGUUUGAACUACAGGAGAAGAAGAAAUGCAUUUGAUUACAUGCUAAUUUAAGAUUCCUCAAAACAACCAUCUGAUGUAUGAUACGUGUGUGUUGUUGGACGUUUAUGUAAAGCAGCCGAGCACCAUGCUGACACACACACAACAAUACGCACCGAUCACUGUUUACCUGUUACAUGCAAAGCGCUCACAUAGUAUUCAUAUUAGUAUUAACCAGUGGUGUAUAAAGUACAACAUGUACCUCUGAGUAGUGGUGUAUAAAGUACCCAAAAGC